AACGGAAACAUAUGAGUGUGACACGUUUUAUCAUUAUUGUGGAUUCAACAUAACCUUGAAAUCAAACAUGAAGUUCCUAUUGUUUUUAUCAAAAUUUCCAGUCUUAUUUAUAAUUUUAAAUUUAUGUUUAACUUUAUAUGCUGAAAGUACACAUGAGCCGAGAAAAAAAUCAUGGAAGGACAAAGAUAUAAGGGAUAUGACGGACGCCGAUUUGGAACAUAUACUUGAUCAAUGGGAAGAGAAUGAGGAUCCUUUGGAGCCGGAUGAACUUCCCGAGCAUCUUCGACCACCUGCGAAAGUAGAUAUAAGUAAAAUUGACAUGUCCGAUCCGGACAAUGUUUUGCGAGCGACAAAAAAGGGCAAAGGUGUAAUGAUGUUUGUCGACGUUCGUCCUGAUGUUUCCGUUGACGAUGCCAAAACAGUAAUGCAAAUUUGGCAAACUAGCUUGAACAACAAUCACAUAGUUAUUGAGAGGUAUCCCAUUGAAGAUAGAAGAUCAAUUUUUAUGUUUCGAGAAGGAUCUCAAGCCGUGGAAGCCAAAAACUUUUUAAUUGCUCAAAAGGAACUGCAACUUGUCACACUUGAGGGUCAAACAUUUACAGGACAGUAUGCUUUAGAUACUAAACAAAAGACUGAAUUGUGAUCAAUUAUUUUUCAUAAAAAUGUUCAACUUUACGUUCUGCAUUUUCUUUUGUUUUUUGUGUAUAAUAAAAUGUAUACUUUUCAAAAA